AGCGCGGGGUGGGGCCGUUUUGAGGGAGACAGAGGGGAAAUUCCGCGGGACCGGUGGCGAACAGUGUGUGGGCUGAGGAGUUGUGUCUGCCUCUGACUGUGUGUCUGUGUGAGCUGAGGGAGGCGGGGGCUGAGUCAGUGGGAACAGGGGAUGGUUUUCUGAGUGACUCACUCUCCCCCACCCCAAGCCUGAUUCAGACCUUGAGAAAGGCUUUGUUCGUGGGGCGGAUGGGAAGUCAGGCGCCUGCGUCCCUGGUGGGGACACAGAUCCGUGGUGGUUGGCGAGAUUAUGCUUAGGGUACAGGAAGUUUUGUCCUGGAGCGCUCUCCUGUAGUCCAUGGUGUCGUCGUGGGAGGUUGUGGAUAAAGGUUGAAGAUCAAGAGGACUGGAGGGACGGAACUCGCUAGUUUAGGGAAAGCUGAGUCAGUUCCCCGUGGGAAAGGGGAAGUGGCAGAGGGGAAGUGUCAUCAUCGCAGAAGGGGAAGCUGCAUUUCCUGGCAACUAGCAGCGUUCUGGGCACUACUUCCUUAGUAGGGUGUCUGCUUCUCUGACAUCUGGUACCCCGAGCUGCCGUUUGUCCACGUCUGGUCCCUCGUUCCCCACAGGGCUUGGCUGGGGCAGCCAGUUUGGGCUGCACUUGACCACUUUAGCGUUGUACGUUUCCCAGGGCUUGGUAACUGACAAGACUGCAGCUCUGGCGAGUUCUGGCCGGAGCUCCGCGUGAACUGAGGAGUCCGCGGGAUGCAGUCUCUCACCAAGGCUUGGACCGAGUAGCCUGCGGGAAUCACUGGGCUCCAAACAUUUACACGCACAGAUGACCUUGCCCCAGCGGGAGGGAAGACUGUUUUCGCCAGAACCCCUUCUGCCUUUGUGGGCUGGGUGGAAAUUUCCCCACCGUGCAGACUUCUCGGCCAAGGCGAACUUUCCAGCCGCCCCCAACCCCUCGCCGCGCGCUCUCCCCCGGCUUCCUGCCCGGCGCUUUCUCCAGCUGGAGCGCUGGCCCCGCCCCCGCGGCUUUGUACUCGACACUCGCCUCUCGCCGGUCUUUGUACUCUAGACUCUCAAUGGACCGAUCCCGGGAGCGGAGCCGGCUCCCUACCUGCGGGGACCUGGGGCUGUUACUGAGGCGGAGACAAGGGUGAUGAUUGGCUUUCUGGGGAGAGAGAAGUCUUGUGAUUGGCUAAAUCUCUGAAGCGUUUGAAGCUGUGAGAGGACGCUCCCACGGAGGCUGGAAUUGGUUGUGGAAGGCCAGAGACUGCCACCUGGAAACAGUGGGCACUCUUGUUAAGAGCAAUUGGAGCGGGACCAUCGUGCCAGAGAGCUGGGGCAGGGGGGCGUGCCCCGUCUCCAGGGCUCCUGGGGCCACUGCUGACCUGGCUGGAUGCAUCGGGCAGUGGACCCUCCAGGGGCCCGCUCUGCACGGGAAGCCUUUGCCCUUGGGGGCUUGAGCUGUGCUGGGGCUUGGAGCUCCUGCCCACCCCAUCCUCCUCCUCCUCGAAGCUCAUGGCUGCCUGGAGGCAGAUGCUCUGCCAGCAUUGGGCAGCCCCCACUCCCUGCUCCUUUACCCCCGUCACAUGGCAGUAACUCCGGGCACCCAAACAAACCUUAUUAUGCUCCUGGGACACCUUCCCCUAGACCCCUCCACGGGAAGCUGGAAUCUCUGCAUGGCUGUGUACAGGCCCUGGUCCGGGAGCCAGCCCAGCCCGGGUUGUGGGAACAGCUUGGACAACUGUAUGAGUCAGAGCAUGACAGUGAGGAGGCCGUAUGCUGCUACCACAGGGCCCUUCGAUAUGGAGGAAGCUUUGCUGAGCUGGGGCCCCGAAUUGGCCGUUUGCAGCAGGCCCAGCUCUGGAACUUUCAUGCUGGUUCCUGUCAGCACCGAGCCAAGGUCCUGCCCCCGCUGGAGCAAGUAUGGAAUUUGCUGCACCUUGAGCACAAACGGAACUACGGGGCUAAGCGAGGGGGUCCUCCCGUGAAGCGAUCUGCUGAACCCCCAGUGGUACAGCCGAUGCCUCCAGCAGCACUCUCUGGGCCCUCAGGAGAGGAGGGCCUCAGCCCUGGAGGCAAGCGGAGGAGAGGCUGCAGCUCUGAACAGGCUGGCCUUCCCCCGGGUCUGCCACUCCCUCCACCACCAUUACCACCACCACCCCCACCCCCACCUCCACCCCCACCCCCACCACCGCUGCCUGGCCUGGCUGUUAGCCCUCCAUUUCAGCUGACUAAGCCAGGGCUGUGGAACACCCUGCAUGGAGAUGCUUGGGGCCCCGAGCGCAAGGGUUCAGCACCCCCAGAGCGCCAGGAGCAGCGGCACUCGCUGCCUCACUCAUAUCCAUACCCUGCUCCUGCCUACACUGCUCAUCCGCCCAGCCACCGGCUGGUCCCAGCCACACCCCUUGGUCCAGGUCCCCGACCCCCAGGAGCAGAGAGCCAUGGCUGCCUGCCUGCCACCCGUCCCCCCGGAAGUGACCUUAGAGAGAGCAGAGUUCAGAGGUCGCGGAUGGACUCCAGCGUUUCACCAGCAGCAUCUACCGCCUGCGUGCCUUACGCCCCUUCCCGGCCCCCUGGCCUCCCCGGCACCAGCAGCAGCAGUAGCAGCAGUAGCAGUAACAACACUGGUCUUCGGGGUGUGGAGCCGAGCCCAGGCAUUCCUGGCGCUGACCAUUACCAAACUCCUGCGCUGGAGAUUUCCCCUCACCAGGCCCGCCUGGGGUCCUCGGCACACAGCAGUCGGAAACCAUUUUUGACAGCCCCUGCUGCCACUCCCCACUUACCCCUACCACCUGGGACCCCAUCAUCCCCUCCACCCCCCUGUCCUCGCCUCUCACGCCCUCCACCACCCCCUGCUUGGAUGAAGGGCUCAGCCUGCCGCUCAGCCCGAGAGGAUGGAGAGAUUUUAGGGGAGCUCUUCUUUGGUGCUGAGGGACCACCCCGUCCUCCCCCGCCCCUUCCCCACCGUGAUGGCUUCUUGGGGCCUCCAACCCCCCGCUUUUCUGUGGGCACUCAGGAUUCGCAUACCCCUCCCACUCCCCCAACCACCACCACCAGCAGCAGCAGCAGCAGCCGCCACAGCAGUAGGCCUACUGGGCCCGCACCCUUCCCUCCACCCCCCUACCUGGCCAGAAGCAUAGACCCCCUUCCCAGGCCAUCUAGCCCAACACUGAGUUCCCAGGACCCACCUCUUCCACCACUGACUCUUGCCCUGCCUCCAGCCCCUCCCUCCUCCUGCCACCAAAAUACCUCAGGAAGCUUCAGGCGCUCGGAGAGCCCCCGGCCCAGGGUCUCCUUCCCAAAGACCCCCGAGGUGGGGCAGGGGCCACCCCCAGGCUCUCUGAGUAAAGCCCCCCAGCCUGUGCCACCUGGGGUUGGAGAGCUGCCUGCCCGAGGCCCGAGGCUCUUUGAUUUUCCACCAACUCCGCUGGAGGAUCAAUUUGAAGAGCCAGCUGAGUUCAAGAUCCUACCUGAUGGGCUGGCUAACAUCAUGAAGAUGCUGGAUGAGUCCAUUCGAAAGGAGGAGGAGCAGCAGCAGGAGGCAGGCACGGUGCCCCCACCCCCACUCAAAGAGCCCUUUGCAUCUCUACAGCCUCCAUUUCCCAGUGACACAGCCCCAACCACCACUGCUGCCGCCACCACUGCCACCACCACCACCACUACCACCACGACCACCAUCCAAGAAGAGGAGAAGAAGCCACCACCAGCCCUGCCACCACCACCACCUCUAGCCAAGUUUCCUCCACCUCCCCAGUCUCAGCCCCCACCGCCUCCACCAGCCAGCCCGGCCAAUCUGCUCAAGUCAUUGGCCUCUGUUCUUGAGGGACAAAAGUACUGUUACCGGGGGACUGGAGCAGCUGUUUCAGCCAGGCCCGGGUCCUUGCCCACCGCUCAGUAUUCCCCUAGUUCUGCAUCAGGUGCUACCGUCCCCCCACCCACUUCUAUGGCCCCUAGCGCCCAGGGCUCCCCCAAGCCCUCUGUUUCCUCGUCAUCUCAGUUCUCUACCUCAGGCGGGCCUUGGGCCCGGGAGCGCAGGGCAGGUGAAGAGCCAGCACCAGGCCCUGCAACCCCUGCCCAGCUGCCCCCAUCUCUGCCGCUGCCCCCUGCUCGUUCUGAGUCUGAGGUGCUAGAAGAGAUCAGUCGGGCUUGUGAGACCCUUGUCGAGCGGGUGGGCAGGAGUGCCACCCAUCCUGCAGACCCAGUGGACACGGCAGAGCCAGUGGACAGUGGGACCGAGUCACUGCUGCCUCCUGCACAGGCUAAGGAGGAGAGUGGUGGGGUGGCAGUGGCAGCAGCGGGUCCAGGUAGUGGCAAGCGUCGGCAGAAGGAGCAUCGGCGGCACAGACGAGCCUGUAGGGACAGUGUGGGUCGUCGACCCCGUGAGGGGAGGGCUAAGACCAAGGCCAAGGCUCCCAAAGAAAAGAGCCGAAGGGUGCUGGGGAACCUGGACUUGCAGAGUGAAGAAAUCCAGGGCCGGGAGAAGGCCCGGCCGGACUUAGGUGGGGCUUCCAAAGUCAAGACACCCACAGCUCCAACGCCCCCACCUGCUCCUGCACCCUCUGCUCAGCCAACACCCCCAGCAGCCCCCAUCCCUGGGAAGAAGACCCGAGAGGACGCUCCAGGGCCCCCAGGGGUGAGCCGGGCAGAUAUGCUGAAGCUCCGGUCACUUAGCGAGGGGCCCCCCAAGGAGUUGAAGAUCAGGCUCAUCAAGGUGGAGAGCGGUGACAAGGAGACCUUUAUUGCUUCUGAGGUGGAGGAACGGCGACUGCGCAUGGCAGACCUCACUAUCAGCCACUGUGCUGCUGACGUCAUGCGUGCCAGCAAGAAUGCCAAGGUGAAAGGGAAAUUUCGAGAGUCCUACCUUUCCCCUGCCCAGUCUGUGAAACCGAAGAUCAACACUGAGGAGAAGCUGCCCCGGGAGAAACUCAACCCUCCCACCCCCAGCAUCUAUUUGGAGAGCAAACGGGACGCCUUCUCGCCAGUGCUGCUGCAGUUCUGUACAGACCCUCGCAACCCCAUCACCGUGAUCAGGGGCCUGGCUGGCUCACUCCGGCUCAACUUAGGCCUUUUCUCCACCAAGACCCUGGUGGAAGCAAGCGGCGAACACACAGUGGAGGUCCGCACCCAAGUGCAGCAGCCCUCAGACGAGAACUGGGACCUGACAGGCACAAGACAGAUCUGGCCCUGCGAGAGCUCCCGCUCACACACCACCAUCGCCAAGUACGCGCAGUACCAGGCGUCCUCCUUCCAGGAGUCGCUACAGCAGGAGGAGAAGGAGAGUGAGGAUGAAGAGUCGGAGGAACCAGACAGCACCACGGGAACCCCUCCCAGCAGUGCACCGGACCCCAAGAACCAUCAUAUAAUCAAAUUUGGCACUAACAUCGACCUGUCUGAUGCCAAGAGGUGGAAGCCCCAGCUACAGGAGCUGCUGAAGCUGCCUGCCUUCAUGCGAGUAACAUCCACAGGCAACAUGCUCAGCCACGUGGGCCACACCAUCUUGGGCAUGAACACCGUGCAGCUGUAUAUGAAGGUCCCUGGCAGCCGAACGCCAGGCCACCAAGAGAAUAACAAUUUCUGCUCUGUCAAUAUCAACAUUGGCCCCGGGGACUGUGAGUGGUUCGCAGUACAUGAGCACUAUUGGGAGACCAUCAGCGCCUUCUGCGAUCGGCAUGGUGUGGACUACUUGACUGGUUCCUGGUGGCCAAUCUUGGAUGACCUCUAUGCGUCCAAUAUUCCUGUUUACCGCUUCGUGCAGCGCCCUGGGGACCUUGUGUGGAUUAAUGCAGGGACUGUGCAUUGGGUGCAGGCUACUGGCUGGUGCAACAACAUUGCCUGGAAUGUGGGGCCCCUCACCGCCUAUCAGUAUCAGCUGGCCCUGGAGCGCUACGAAUGGAACGAGGUGAAGAACGUCAAGUCCAUCGUGCCCAUGAUUCACGUGUCCUGGAACGUAGCUCGAACGGUCAAAAUCAGCGAUCCGGACCUGUUCAAGAUGAUCAAGUUCUGCCUUUUGCAGUCAAUGAAGCACUGCCAGGUGCAGCGGGAGAGCCUGGUGCGGGCUGGGAAGAAAAUCGCUUACCAAGGCCGCGUCAAGGACGAGCCCGCCUACUACUGCAACGAAUGCGAUGUGGAGGUGUUCAACAUCCUGUUCGUCACGAGUGAGAACGGCAGCCGAAACACGUACCUGGUGCACUGCGAGGGCUGUGCACGCCGUCGCAGCGCGGGCCUACAGGGCGUGGUGGUGCUAGAGCAGUACCGCACAGAGGAGCUGGCGCAGGCUUACGAUGCCUUCACGCUGGCUCCAGCUAGUACUUCGCGAUGAGGCCGGACGCCCCGCUCGCCCGCCCACGCAGGGCGCGGCGGGGCCACCAGCACAUGCCUGGGCUGGACCUAGGUCCCGCCUCUGGCCGGGAAGGGGGUCGGGCCCAGCCCUUCCACCCUUAUUGGCAGCUCCCCUCACUUAAUUUAUUAAGAAUUUUUUUUUUUAACAAAUAUGAGGAAAAAAAGGAAAAAAAAUGGGAGACGGGGAGGGGGCUGGCAGCCCCUCGCCCACCAGCGCCUCCCCUCACCGACUUUGGCCUUUCUAGCAACAGACACAAGGACCAGGCUCCGGCGGCGGCGGGGGUCACAUACGGGUUCCCUCAAGCCUGCCCGCCGCAUGCCCGCCCGCCGGCAGACGUUCGCGGCUCGUUGUGUAUAUAGACAUUCGGCAGCCGAGGUUUUUAAUGAGAUUCUUUCUAUGGGCUUUACCCCUCCCCCAGGCCCUCCUUUUUUACUCCCAAUGCUAGCUGUGAUCCCUGUAUAUGUCUCUGUUUAUUCACUUGAUUAUGGUUUGUAUUUUUGUUCCUUUUUUUGUUUUUGUUUUUUAAUUUAUAACAGUCCCACUCACCUCUAUUUAUUCAUUUUUUUUUUUUUUUUGGGAAAACCCGACCUCCUGCACCCCCAAGCCAUCCCUCCUGCCUCUUUGGGAGGCCUGCUUCUGGGCUCUCCUUGCGCCCCAGUAUAUAUGUCCGGGCUUGGCCCGUCGGUCUCCGGUCUCCGUCCGCCCGCGGCUCCAGCCGGGCUCUCAUGGUGCUCAAACCCGCUCCCCUCCCCUACGUCCUGCACUUUCUUGGACCAGUACCCCCACUCCCGACCCGACCCCAACCCCACCUGAGGGUGAGCGACCUCCUGUACUGUAGGGAAGAAGUGGGAACUGAAAUGGUAUUUUGUAAAAAAAAAAAAAAUUAAUAAAUAAAAUAAAAAAAUAAAAGUUUUAAAGAAAGAACUAUGAGGAAAAGAAACCCUGUCCUCCCCAGCCUCGGCCAAUUUAAAAAACAUUGGACACCUUCACCCCCUCCCCCCCCCCUUUUUUUAAAGGCGUGAAAUAGCCCAGGGCAGGGCCUCCCUGGGGCAGGGACACCCUGGGGUGAGUUUCUCUGGGGCUUUAUUUUUAUUUCUUAGUUCGUCUUCUCCCGCUGGGGCUGCGGAGGGGUGGGGGGGUUUACAGUCCCGCCCCCUCGCACUGCACUGUCUCUCUGCCCCAGGGGCAGAGGGGUCUUCCCAACCCUACCCUAUUUUCGGUGACUUUUGUGUGAGAAUAUUAAUAUUAAAAAUAAAAGCAGGAAAAAAAAGA